CGACGCUCAAUGCAUGAAGACCACUCAUAUCGACAAGCGGCGUCGUACUUGGUUUCCUUUUCGGAAAUACCUUGCUGCUCUCGUUCCAACGUGAUUGGCUUCAGUGUCAGCUGAGGCAGAUGAAGCCUCUACCAUAGAGCACCACAUGCUGUUGUCGUUAGUCUUGGGCACAUCAUAAUGUUGGACAGAGCUGCUUGACAUUCUGUUCCAUCACGGGAGGCCUUGGUAAGGAAGAUGGCUCACCUGAGUGGCUUUGACAUGUCGUAUGGGGCCAGGAUAUUCCCGUCCUCUUCGUAGCGCCUCUCGUUAAUCUGGGAGCUUUCUCAAUCUUAAAAUUGUCACUACCCCAUCUGAAAACUAUUCUGUCCGAGGCCAGGGCUCUAACAAUGGCCGCAUGCCGCAUAUGCCGCAGAACUCCGCACGAGAUCGUUAUUAAAUAGUCAGGAGGUAACCCCAGGAUGGCGAUGGCCUGUCCCAGGUCUUUGCCCAAAGCGAUGCUGAUUUUUAUUCAGUCCCGACCCAUACCACUUUAUAUCUUACACAGUACUGGCCGCGCUAGUCUAUUUUCCUUUUCUGCCUUCCCGACAAAUGGCUCCUGAUAUCUUUGGAGAAGGCAUACAAGUUCACCGACACCUGCACAUCCCACGAAGGUUGGAACCUGUCGGAGCUCACAAUUUCUUCGAUCUGGCGCUGCAGCCCGAGGAUCAACGUCGUGUCGAACAUUUAUGUCCUCGUCGUGAGAUGACCGUAGUUAACCUUCCGCCUGCCGCCCGCUGUCCACCGUAUGCCAGAGGCGCGGCUCAUAUCCCUUGAUCAUCAUGCUCAUCAUGCAAUUAAUC